UUAUAAUUCUUCUGGAGUGAUUAUAUUUGCGAAAGAUUUUAGAUAUGGUCAUCAACACGUUUCGAUGUUUCACUCUAGAGUAUUUAUUAUUUUAGAUCUGUUGCCUUAGAGGAAAUGCUCGCUCAAAAACUAGAAAUUACAGGCACCAUCAAGAAUCUUGUUUUCGAUUGAGGGUUGGAUAAACCAAAAUACGUAUUUCGAAUGUGCUCUGUGAUUUAACCAAGAAUGCAGACGCCACCAUGCAUCAGUGUGGAGGACGAAGAAAUAUCUGAUACUCAAAAUGAUCCUGUUGUACAUGAGCUAUUUGAAGACGCCAUUGAAGUUUUGCGUCUUUUGGGGGCAGAUGAGAAACUCAGUGUUGGGUGCUCAAGCUCAGAGAGGUGUCACCAAAACACUCAGCAAGGCAAGAAGAGUCAACCACACCCAAGUCACAGAAAAUGUGUAAAGAAACCAGCAGAAAUAACAAGAGCAAAAAGAAGGAAACUGGAGAGAAUAAAGGCUCCAGUGACAAUCUUAAGAAAAGCAAAGCAACUUGAAGUGUCAUCAGAGGAACAAGAGGUUUCUGUCCAAAAGAUGUUGAGUUAUGUCAACCAGAUGCCACAUCAAGAAAAUUUCCAACCUCCACCUCUUCCUUUUGUGUCAUUUGGAUUGGAUGAAAUGAAUGAACACGAGAGUCUUGCCUCCAGUAAUUCACUUGGCCCUGACAGUAUCACUCAAGACCACACUUACUUAUCCAGUGAAAAAGAUGUCGCCCUGUGGAAGACAUUGACAGCUUCUCCUAACAACUGUAAUAUUUUUGUGGGAGGCCUGCACCAUGGGGUUGUAUCAGAAGUUCUGCACACUGCUUUUAAAGCAUUCUGUUUGAAAGAGGAAGAUGAAAAGAAGAUGAAGGCCCAUGUUGUUGUGGAUGUUAGUAGAAAUCUGUCAAAAGGCUACGGAUUUGUGACAUUACCUUGUAGAAGAUCUGCCGAACUGGCUAUGAUAUGCAUGCAGGAAUUUGAAAUUUAUGGCCAUUGUAUGCAGUUGGGUUGGGGCCAAGAAAAGAGGGAUGGAGUCUUGUCAAAUACUAAAGAUUCCCUAGGAACCAAACCAGGCCUAAAACAGUGUGAAAAGGUGUCUUUGCAUAGGACAACCACAAAAACAAAAGGGAACAUUGUUUCUGAUAGAGUGUUUCCAGAAAAGGAGGACCUUGUACCAAAGACAUUAUUGAAGAGAUGCACUUCAAGAUGGGACCAAGAAACACCGAGAAAAAUUCAGAAAAUUGAGAAAUUAGUUCGGAAUCCUCUUCCACUGUACUCCUUUCAGUUUGACACGGAAUGCAAUUCAUUAUCAGGGGAUCAGUUUAAGACUGACAAUGGUUUGGACAAAAACAAAAUUGAAUUAGCACAAACAGAGACCAGAAUUGCAGCUCUGUGCAAAGAAUCAGUCAUCAGCCAUGGCAUAAAUACAGAUGCCUUUGAGGGUGGAAAUGAAGCUGUUUCAAGUGAAUGUUCAUACCAAAUUAAUUUGGAAGUAAAUAACAAAACAUCUUCAAUUCUGCCUGAAAUAGGACAAGAUCCAACUUAUGCAAAAACUUGUCUGGAAAACAAUAAAGAAAUUGAAGAUACAGGGAAGCAUUUGUCUGGAGAGUUUGAGGUUACCUGUGAGAGGACAAGGUGUAACACUGAUGAACAUAAAAAACAAGUCAUUCAGUGGCUCACUCAUGACCAAAAAGUUGCACUGAUAAAAUCGGUUUGUUCAAAGCUCCGCAGUUGUGGUGUCCAAGGUCACCUUGGAGUAUUUGGCAUUCAUUACGAAACGGAUAACAGUCGUCUGUAUGUAGUAUGCGCUAAACACCUAACUGAGGCACAACUGCUCAAUGAAUUCAAAGUGUUUGGAACUGUGGAAGUUAAACUUAUUACUGAUGUCAACGGAUUUUCCAAGGGUUGUGCCUUUAUCCAGUACGUGGAUAGUGCAUGUGCGGAAAGAGCCAUAAAACAGCUGCAUGGAAAGGUUGUUGGUGGUAUGCCAAUGAAAGUAAUGGUGGCUGAACCCAAACCUCCCAAAGGAGCACAGAGGAAGAGCACAUUGGUGUAACUUUGGUCCCUAAGCCUUUGCGCACAGGCAACCCUCUAAUUUCAAAUCCUUUUACAGAUGUGUUUGCUAUUCACUAGAAUAUAGAGGAAUAUUGAAACAGUUUAUUUAUAUACAGUCUGUGUGAAAGAAGAUCUACCCUUUAAGCUGGAAUGAUUUUAAUCUCCCAUGAGUGACCAAGACAGAAUUUCUCCUUACAAUAUCAACCAGACAAGAGAUGAGAAUGAAGAAAAUAUCGAUCAGGGACUAUUAGUUAAUUCAAUACCAAAUUCUCUGACCUAACAUUAUAAGAGUUGUAUGGCAGAGUAAAGAGAAUUACUAACAAGAUCUUGGAAAUGAAAGGUUAAUGGUAUUGAAAUUUAGCUCAAGGACUGGAUUUACCACCAAGCUUAAAAGAGAAAAACAAAACCAAAAUUUUGCAAUGAUGACAGCUACACAUGAACAAAAAUCAAGAAAAGAAAACACUUUAUGAAAAUGAAUAAAUGAUCCAUGUCAUCCAGGAGGAGUUCACUGAUGUAAAUAGUGUUUGGAAUAUAUAUAUAUUUUGUACUUUAUGUUUCUCAUGUAAAAAUGUACAAAACUUUGUAAAACAAAUAAAAGAGGUUUAAUGUAUCAAAAGAUACCUAGCAAUGUCAUAGUGUUCUAUACAAGCUACAUUUCUAGUAUCAAAGUAUUUAGUAGCACAAG